AUGGCGGCGCCGUGGCCGAACUUCGAGGCCGCGCGCGUCGAGGCGGUCGAAGCGUACCUGCUGGAGCAACGCGCCAGCGACAAGGAGAUCAGCUGGCGCGCCGUGCUGAAUAACCAUGCCUCGACGCGCCCUAAAGAGUACGGAGGCGCCUUGGUCCGAGCCGUCACCACUUGCAAGGAAUUCGCUGCCUCUGGCGCGGGCUGGCGGUGCACCCUGACUUUGCCGAGCAGCUUUGCGCCGGGAGAUGGCCGUCGGCUCGUCGCGAUCGGGGAGAGCGAAACGAAAAACGAAGCAUCGGAACUCGCUUGCCUCCGAGCCGUCGCUUCGCUCGUCAUCAAAAACCCAGGCCAGGUUGUGCUCCGACCGGUGCACUGGAAGGUGACGCCCGACGUGCUCGUGGCCAAUCUGCCCGGCGUCGCCGCCGACCCUGCCUCUGGCGGGCACGCGCUGCCAGUGCGCACCCCAGCGCGGCUCCAGGGCGCGGGCUCGGAGGAGCCAAUGGGUGCGGUGAAGGUUGGUUUGAUCUAUGUAAACCCUGAGGGGCCUUUGAACGACCCGAACGAUCUGAACAGUGGGCAAAACCCAGAUCCAGAGAAGAGUGCCGUCGAGAUUCGGGAGGUGUUCGGCCGCAUGGGGAUGAACGAUUCUGAGACAGCUUCCCUGAUAGCAGGUGGUCAUGCUUUCGGCAAGUGUCAUGGUGCCGGCGUUAUGACGAGCGGCUUCGAGGGGCCGUGGACGACAACUCCUUCUCAAUGGACCAACCAGUUCUUGACUGGAAUGCUUGAUGAGGAGUGGGAGCAAGUCGCAACUCCAUCUGGGUCGGCGGUGCAGUGGCAGACGAAGGACAGGGCCAGCAUCUUGGCUGGAACCAUGCGUCUGACAGCAGACUUGGCUCUUGUGAACGAUGAUGCGUACCUGGCGUUAGCGAAACAUUGGGUGUGUGACCAGCAGAAACUUGACAUAGCGUUUGCCGCGUCUUGGAAGAAGCUCGUGGAGUCUGGCGGUGGAUGGUUGCCCGUGGAAGACAGAAGUGCUGCCAUCUCUGCCCUGCCGCUCGCUCUGCGCCUCCACAGCGAAGAGCUCGAGGCCAUGCGGCCAGAGUUCCGAAGACAAUGGGCAGGCAGUGACGUCUCGAGCCAGAGGAGUGACAUUUUUGGCGUCACAGAUAGCUGGCAAGAUACGGACUGCGUUGUGCAAGGAAAUUGCCAGGAGCCCAUGGGUGCGGUGAAGGUUGGUUUGAUCUAUGUGAACCCUGAGGGGCCUUUGAACGACCCGAACGAUCUGAACAGUGGGCAAAACCCAGAUCCAGAGAAGAGUGCCGUCGAGAUUCGGGAGGUGUUCGGCCGCAUGGGGAUGAACGAUUCUGAGACAGCUACCCUGAUAGCAGGUGGUCAUGCUUUCGGCAAGUGUCAUGGUGCCGGCGUUAUGACGAGUGGCUUCGAGGGGCCGUGGACGACAACUCCUUCUCAAUGGACCAACCAAUUCUUGACUGGAAUGCUUGAUGAGGAGUGGGAGCAAGUCGCAACUCCAUCUGGGUCGGCGGUGCAGUGGCAGACGAAGGACAGGACCAGCAUCUUGGCUGGAACCAUGCGUCUGACAGCAGACUUGGCUCUUGUGAGCGAUGAUGCGUACAUGGCGUUAGCGAAACAUUGGGUGUGUGACCAGCAGAAACUUGACAUAGCGUUUGCCGCGUCUUGGAAGAAGCUCGUGGAGUCUGGCGGUGGAUGGUUGCCCGUGGAAGACAG